AAAGCUCGAUGCCUGCUUUAGAGGAAUGUCCUUCUGGAUUAAUAAACUUUUACAGUUGAAUUUUUAAAUCAUCAUCGCAACUUCAUUCCCAUUUCCACCGCACAUCGCACACCGUUCAUUGUCAUUAUCAUAAUCAACGGAGGCAUCAACACUGCGACAUUCGCAGUUCCUGUCAGUAGCAUCGAUACACCAUCCAUCCAGUUUCGAACAUGAAGGAGAACCGAACUAAAAACAAUAAUAUGCUGAUGCAUGCUUUCAUACUUGUGACUAUUUUGGCAACUGGGAAGAGUGCGGAAGCGGAAAUUACCAUGGAAGCUGCUUUUCAAGGCCACUGUGGUCACACAAGUCCUUGCGAGCAGCUAUGCUAUGAAAUUCAUGAUGGCAUGUAUGAAUGCGAUUGUAUCGAAGGAUAUGAACUUAAUAAAAACGGAUAUAGCUGUCAAGUUAUAAAUUCAACAUCGACAUCUGAUGGGCACUCAAAAUCAGACGAAGAUGUGCUUUAUCAGAAGGGCGCGUCGUUCAGUGCUAAAUUAGCUAACGAUAAUGAACGUGAUAAUCAACUUACAUCAGCAUAUUCCUAUUCAUCUUCAUCGCAACUAGCAUCAGGCACAUCCUUUGCGUCUGCUUCUGAUGAGGAGGAUGCAACGUUUUAUAGCGAUGAUGAACUCGAACGGUUUGCACAGCAACAAAAGGUCAAUUCCAAUGAUUAUUACAUAUCAUCCGAAAGUAUUAAUUUCAACAGUGAACAGCAGCAAGAAUACAAUAGCAAUAGCCAAGAAGUACCUGAGUUUAAAAUGAAGGAAAUGCCAACUUCAAUCGAAGCAAGCAAUGCGAAAAAUGAAGAGAAACGAGUUGUGAUAACAACUUCAAAACCUAUUAAAUUUCUUCUCGAUAAGAAGCUGAAAAAGAUAAAUGUCAAGCACCAACAACAGCAGGAACCUAUUCACAGAGCAGCAACAACAAGCGCAGCAAUUACAAAACCUGAAUUCAUCAAUUCGGAUGCUAUAAUGAAUGGUGUCAACAUCGACGAUGAUUACUAUAGCAAGCAGGAUAUGUCAAUAUAUGACGAUGUCAAUAAUAAUCAAUUAAACUUAAGACCAAUCAGUCAACAAACAUAUCAGAAUCAGUUGUUAAGCAACACCGAUUCACAGCAACAUAUAAUAUCAAAGAUUACUAAUAAUAAAAGCAAUAAAAAAAUCAUUUAUACCAAUAAGGAUAAAACGGCAACCGCAGGUGGUCCAGUCAAUGAAGCUAUUGUUGGUCAAUAUAAUAAAAUAUCAGAAAAAUCAAACAUAUCAAAUAUGUAUAAUGAAAGCUCUGCGUGGGUUAAUAGUGAUAACUGCAAUUUGGAUUGUGGUUUAGAUGGCAUUUGUGAUAAUACUGAAGAAAAGAUGAGGUGCUUGUGUCCUUUUGGCAAGACGGGUUCGAAUUGUGCAGAAGAAUCGAAGAUACGUGUACCGAAGUUCUCGAAAAAAUCAUGGUUAGCUUUCCCAGCAUUACGUGGUGCAUAUAAACACGUACAGAUAAGGAUUGAAUUUCGUCCUGAAUCAUUUGAUGGUAUCAUUUUAUUAAGUGGUGAAAGAGACGAUUUAACCGGUGAUUUCAUGGCACUGCUACUUAAUAAAGGAUUUGUGGAGUUUUGGUUCGAUUGUGGUUCUGGAGUUGGUAGUGUACGUUCACGUGAAACCAUUUUAUUAAAUGAAUGGAAUUCAGUUAUAAUUUAUCGUCAUCGUUGGGAUGCUUGGUUGGUUUUAAAUCAUGGCACUAAAGUGCAAGGACGCUCUAAUGGUCUUUUCUCUCGCAUAACAUUCCGAGAACCUGUUUUCUUGGGUGGUACUGGAAACAUAACUGGCUUAUCCAAACGAUUGCCAGUAUUUAGUGGUUUUAUGGGUUGCAUACGUAGAUUUGUGGCUAAUGAACAUGAAUAUAAGUUUGAUGAGCAUCCGUUGGGUGAUGUGGUAAAAGGAUUUGAUAUUGAUGAUUGCAUAUCAGAUAAAUGCUAUACUUAUCCAUGUCAACAUGGGGGCAAAUGUUUGCCAUCGGAUCAAGGUGCAGUUUGUUUAUGCCCCAUUGGUUAUGUAGGGGAUUUAUGUGAGAUACGUAUGGACUUACAAGUACCAGCAUUUAACGGUUCUUCGUAUUUGCGAUAUGCACCACUUGGUGACAAAGCACUUAUCUGGUUAGAGCUGAAGGUAAUUCUUAAACCAGAACAACCAGAUGGUUUGAUUUUAUAUUCAGGACCUAAGAAGCAUGGUGACUUUAUUGCAUUGUCUUUAAAUGAUGGUUUCGUGGAAUUUACAUUUGAUUUGGGUAGUGGUCCGGCUGUUGUUAGGAGUGAAUAUCAAAUAUCUACUGGUCAAUGGCAUACGAUUAAAAUUUCCAGAACUGCUCGUUUGGCAGUGCUUAAAGUUGAUCAAACACCUGAAGUAAUGACUAUAUCUUCAAACGGAUUUUGGCAUCUUUCUCUGUCUGAAAACCUGUUUGUGGGAGGUGUUAAUCACGUUGACAAGUUACCUUUGGAUUUGAAAUAUAAACCGUUUUUCAUUGGGUGCAUACAAAAGAUUGACAUAAAUGAACACUCUUUGUCAAUCAUUUCCGAAGCUUUGGGUGGCACAAACAUUGGCAAUUGUCCGCAUGCUUGUGUUGCACGUCCAUGUGGACCCUUCGCUGAAUGCAUCCCUCAAAUGGAGAACUACGAGUGCCGUUGCAAUGCCUUCAACGCACAAUGCAAUAAAGCAGCUGAAGUGCCGCUUGAGGAAUUACAAUUGAAUAAGGCUAAGAAUAAAAGCAAAUCACUCGAGACAAAGCAUUUUGUAAACGGACAGAACACAAAAACUAAGAAAUCAUACGCCAAGCAAACAAAGAUACACAACAACAAAGAACACGCAAGAUAUUUGCACAAAAUUGGUAAAACAACUUUAGCAACAACCACCACAACUAAAGCUGAUACUACGACAACCACCACGACUACCACAACUGCAUCAACUCCAACUCCAACAACAUCAAUACACCACAGAGUCGACUUCGAUGACAUCGAGGAUGAUAUUAUAUUCCGUGAUGUGCACGGCAUGCACAAGAAGUACGAGCACAAUGAACAAGGACAACGCAACAAUGCAAAAUUACAACAACGAAACGAAAACAAAAACACCAACAAAAGAGACCAUCAAUCAAUAAAACACCAACAACAAAACGAUAAAAGCCAAGACGGUUAUUAUGGCAUCAAGGAUGACCCCUACCAGAAGCAUUACACAAUUCCUUUCAAAUUAAGCAAGUUACCAACACAUUACGAAAGUUUUCAAACAAAUCCCGAAAGUGAUAUUCUAACAUUUGACGAUAAUUUCGAUUUUGAAACAACGGACAUGGAUGAUGACCAUCCUUCAGACUAUUACAACAACAAUAACAGCAACUAUGAUGACACUGAUAACGAUGAUGAUCAUACCAAUGAUAAUAAUUAUGAUUCAAAUGUUGAACCAAGUGAAACUGAAUCCGAGCCAUUCAUUGUGGAUGAAACCAUAUUCGAUGAUAACGACGACACAGAAUCAUAUCACCGCAAACAAUUGACGCAGGAUAUGCAACGUAUAAUGGCAAAUAAACCUGCACAACAUGCAAAAGCACCCAAAUUGGUAAUUAGUGAAUAUGAUUAUGAUAGCGUAAGGCAAGCAGAUGAUGAUGAUAACAAACACGAUGAUCUCCUGGAGCCUGUUGCUAAGGAAAUCGUAGAAGAGAAAACGCAACGUACACCACCACCACAAACGCACACUGAUUGGAGUUUACUGAAAAAACUAGAUUUGUCCGCAGACCACGAGAGUCAUAUUGGUGUACGGAAGAAUUUUGGAGCCUGCUUUGCUGGAGAGGAUAGCUACUUUCACUACAAUGAUGCAGAAACCAUGAGUCAGGUUAUUAGCUAUCACAUUGAUUUGAAUUUGCGUAUAAAAACCCAUUCAUACAAUGGUGUUAUACUCUGGUCUGGUCGUCAAACUUCUACAGAAGAGAAUGACGACUUUUUGGCAUUGGGUAUUGAAGAUGGCUACUUACACUUGCGUUACAAUUUGGGUUCGGGUGAAGUUGACAUCAAAUUUAAUACCACUAAAGUCAGUGAUGGUUUGUGGCAUCGCAUUCGUGCUAUUAGCAGGGACUCACAGGAAGGAUACCUGGAGGUUGAUGGCAGGAAAUCAACCAUACAACGUUCACCUGGUAAAUUGCGUCAAUUGAAUACAGACACUGGACUUUAUGUUGGAGGAAUGCCUGAUGUAAGCUAUUUUACGCGCCGGAAAUACACAAGUGGCAUUGUUGGAUGCAUAUCAGAAAUAAUAUUGGGGGGUGAACUCAAACUCAAUUUUGAUCCUAACACAUUGGGGACGUCACACAAUGUAGAAACUGGCAUACUUUGAAACGCCAUCCAUGGUCAAGUCUCUUGACAUUAGUUUAAUGUUUCGUUUAAUUAUGAUAAUUAUUUUGUACAAAGACGCUUUUAAAUUUUUUAAAACAAAACUUAAAUUAAU